AUGAGCAGCAAGACGGGCCCGAAGCGUAGGCAUGAGGUUGAAAUGGGCAUGGGAAGGAAAGGUGAAGCCAAACCGCAACGCACUACCGGAAGCGGUAGUAGUGGUGGGGGAAGGGGAGGAGCGGGAGGAGGGGGAGGAGCUGGGAACUUGUCCCGGCGGGCGAAGAAAAGGGCUAAUGAGCAGCAAAAGCUGAGAGCGAACGCUACCCGAACGGCCUCGGGCGACGGUGGUGAGGAUGAGGGCACUACGCCAAUUUUGACCAGCAGCAAGCGAUACCAGAGCAGUCGGCAGCAGUCGGCGACUCAGAAGCGGGAGCGGAGUCGAAAACUAUUCGGCGAAGCGGUAGGCGGUGAAGGGAUAGCACGUGCCGGUGCCGAUGGGCUGUCAGCGGGCGAAUUAGCGCUGGCUAACCUGCCGGAAGAUAUGCGCAUUUCUCGACUGCUGCGGCGCCUGGCGAGUGAACAGAGCGUCCGCGGUUGCUUCGAUCUGUGCGACCGGCUGCAGCUGGUCAUCCUUGAUCCGCCGAACAGCUCGUACGUGCGCAAAUCGUUCGACCUGCUAUCGAACACUCUAGUGCCGAUUCUCGAGACAGGACCACGCGAGUGUCAUGACCGGAUAGCGCAGCUGUUCGGCAUGAUGCUGUACGUGGUGGUGUCGGGUUCGCACGACCUGACUCCGUUUCGUAACUGGACCUGCAAGUGGCUGUGGCAAACGAACCGCCUGCGCAAUUCAAUGCUUGUUGCUCUACGGCAAACGCUGGUGCUCGACCGGCACGGUAAUCUACAGCUGGAACCAUUCGUUGGUGAGCUGCUCGGCGAGCUACAGAAGCUGCUCGAGGAAACGGACGGGCCGGACAUAUUCGUGCUCGUGACGGAUAUAAUGGUUGGACUGUCGGCGGCCUACCCAGAGAGCUUCGAGCCAUACUUCAAGGACGUGGUGGACAUCGUCGUCGGCUGGCAGCUCGAGACGGCACAGAGCAACCGGCUGAAGCUACACUGCGCCCGCGUGCUGCAAGCCUUCCAGCCGUACUGGCUCGAACAGCGCGAAGUCACGCUCAGUCUGCUGGACCAGUUCGUCGAGGACAUCCAGGGCUGUUGGGAUGAGCUGGACGAAGACGAUCGCGAGCAGUGGCGCACCGCCCAGCGCCUGUCAGCGACCCUUUUGACCGCCUUCAAUAGCGUAUUCAAGUGUCUGCACGUCGACUCGGGCGUACCGGCUAGUGGCCGGCGCCCGACGCUUGGCGGUGGCUUCGAUCUCGGUCCGGAAGAUCGUGCGCUGUUCGAGAGUGCCUACGCGCGAAUCAUGGUUAUUUUGUCCACGCUCCUCGAAGCACCAACAUCCGAGCUGCCGCUGGCCGCCAUUAGCGAGUUUCUGAUGCUACGUCUAUCGUUAACCGGGCCCACUGAUGCGCACGAGGAGAUACUGGCCGUUAUCGAGCACCUGUUGGAUCGUGCUGCCAGCUACAGUGAUGCGCAGCUCGGCAGUUUGCUUCAUCUCUUGCUGCGAUACGUCGAAACCGAUGGUUCCGAGCAGCAGCAGUUUACGAUGGCUCUGCUACCGCUGAUCAUGCGCGUCAACGCGGGCGGAUUUUAUGCGGUGCGCUUCCGAUGCAGCAAGCCCAUCCAGCAGGCCCUUUUGGUGCUGUACCAUCGGAUGCUGACAUUCAAAAACGUCGCGCUGCUGCAGCACGCCUACGGGCUCGUGCUAGACGACCUCGACGACGCGCUGGCCCAGUUGCGCCGCCAAGUCGUGGGAUCCACGCAGCACCAGCAAGCGCAGUACCGUAUCAGCUUCAAUCUGCUCGUCCUAUCGCCGCUCGCAAUGGCACGCAACUCCAUCUUCAUUACCUGGACGCUGCAGGAGCGGCCGGUCCUACACGUGCUGCUCGAGCGGCUCGCUCUGCUCGACGCCAAGCUGUGGGCGAGCUACGGCCAACUGCACCACGCGGUCCUGCUCGUCGCGUACCAUCACUGCACGGCGAACAACAACUUCGUCUCGUCCAGCAACCUGCUGCAAGCGAAAUCCUACGGCGGUACCGUCGAUCGCUUCCUGCGGCUCCAACAGGACCAGCAACAGACCGGUGGCAGCGAUGCGGUGCCAAGCGCAAGCCCCACGGCGGAUCAUUUCGGCCUGGUGCUACGCUUCCUCGGUACGCUCCUGGGCGAAUGGACGCUGCUGGCUGCCGCAGAGGGAGUGGGCGGGUCGGGGCAGAUCAGCGAUGCGGGUCGCGACAAGCUGCUGGAGCUGCUGCUCGACUGGUGCCUGGCGAUCGUGACGCAGACCGAGCGCUACCACGACGUGCUGCAGGAGUGUGCCGAUUUCAACCGCUUGCUGACGCUCGUUUGCACGGUGAGCGUGGACCGCGGGAGUGCGAGCGAGCGCAUCGGCCUACGGUGCGCCAGUUGCCUCGAUGCCGUCUGUCAGUACGCGUCGCUACACCCGGCCGUUUACCAGGCGAUCGCGGAGGCGUGCUGCGUGCACCUCUGCUCGGUGUAUGGCUCGCUGCGGACGCGCUACACCGUGAUCUUCUCGCGCCUUCCGCUGCGGCACUCGCUGCGCCAGGUCAAUGCGUUCACCGGUGCGAACCGGCGCCGGCGGGAGGAGAUCCGUGAGCUGAAGAACGUGCUCUACCAGAGCACCUCGACCGAGCUGCGCCACCAGCAGUCGGCGGUGCUGCGGAUGGCGGACCUGCGCGCCCUGCUCAAUCGGGUCGCGUUUUCGCGCGACGGCUCAGCCUACGUGGGCGAGUACCUGCACGAGCUGCUGACGCGCUCAUACAACCAGCCGUCGGCGUACGGCGAGAUGGCGCUGCGAGACCUGCGCUGCCUCAUCCCGUGGGCGCAGUGGGAGGCGGCCCAGCUGUGCGUCAAUCACAAGCUGCGCACGCCGUUCGGCAAACCGCAGGCCACCUUCCUGCGCAUCGAGUCGAUCGUGAAGCAGUGCGCGCGUAUCCUCGCGCUCAGCGACCGGUUUCCGGUGCGCGACAUCCGCACCUCGAUCGCGAACCAACGGCACGCACGCAUCCUGCUGGGCUUUCUCGAGGCGCUCGAGAAGUCGAUCUACAAUGCGGCCGAGGGUACGGCGUACGCACUGCCCGCCCCGGAGAAGCCGGCGCGCACCUUCUUCCGCGUGAACGCGCCCACCUGCGCCGAGUGGUUCACGCGCAUCCGCACCGCCGUCGACCUGGUGGCGCUGCACUGCAUGGAGCCGGAGAUGGUGAUACGGUACUCGGAGGCGGUGCUGCGCGAGCUCGUCACCGCCGGCAAGACAUCCGAUCUGAUCUUCGAGCACAUGCUGAUGUCGCUGGUGUGGGCCCUGCUGCGCAACUGGGAGUCGGACGCGCUGUACGGGGUGUACGUGUGGAGCAAGCAGCUGACCGGGCGCAAGUAUACCUGGAUCCGCAUGGCGGCGGAGGAGGCGGCCGGGCAUCGGGAAACGGCGGCCGAAGGGUUCCGGGCCAUUCUCGCCGAUCCGGCCGGGGCUGGGAUGGAUCGGCACAUUCGGGACUUCAUCGUCGACCAGACCAUCCUCUCGGUGCUGUUCACCGGCGACUAUCGCCAGCUGUAUGAGUUCCUGCGGGCGGAGGAGACGGGCGGGACGCCGAGGGCCACCAUUCCGCUGAUCACGAUCACCGCCGAGCAGGUGCACUCGAUCAUACGCUACGAGGAGACGCACGACGUGAGCGUCAUCGACAUCAGCCAGUGGGAGCUGGUCGACGUUGGCGUCGACAUCCCGAACGACUUCUCGUGCCACAAGAUGAUCUGCGCCGUCGAGAACAGCCUGUCCGGGAUCAUCCUGCAGGAGCAGAUCGAGCAGCGCGAGCGUAUGAUCGAGGCGAGCACCGAGCUGAUCCAGUGCUACCUGCAGGAGUGCCUGCUAACCAAGUGCCACGAGUACCUGUUCCAGCUGACCAUCACCAACCACAUCCUGUACAAGAUCGCGCAGCGGACGCGCCAGGCGCAGGCGAACGCGACCGGCACCGAUUCGGGCCCGCUCCGCUACGACGACGGCAUCGGCACGCUGAGCGUGGAGAAGUUCUACGGCACGCUCACCCUGAUGCGCCUGCUGGCGUGGUCCGAGUUUCUGCUCGCGAACAGCAACGGUGGCACCGGGUACGAGGGCGAACAGCAGAACAUCGACCUACGGCUGGACAUGGUGUCGAUCGGACGGAAGGAGAAAAACUACGCCCUCUGCAGGCGCGAGCUCGAGAAGUACUACCACAAGUCGAACCUGGCGCAGCGGCUGCGUACGCUGACGACGAGCAAGCCCACGCUGGAGCAGGUGGCCGCAGCACUGACCGACAUCGCCACGGCGUCCGCGCCCACGGAACGUCUCCUGUGGGCCGACGAGAAUCUGUCGCGCGCGAUCUACGAACACUGCAAGUGGCUCUACUGUCAGCCGGGCAAGCGGCUGGAGGCGAUCGACUUUGCCGCCUGUGCCACCGCUGCCAUCAACGACGCCCUGACGGCCCUCAGCUUGCCCGACGGUGGAACGGUGGCCGGCGCUCGGCUCGAUCGGCUGGACGAGCGAACCGCGCGAUUUAUGCUCACGCUCGGCGAUUGGCUGUCGAGUACGAGCGGGCCAGAGGCGGGCGAGCUGUCGCAGGCGACGCUGCAGCUGGCCAGUGUGCAACGGCUGGGCGACCGGCUCCCAGUGAUCGAUAGCAAGCCGCUCGCGCCGGAUCAUGCCUCCCAGCUUGGGGCGUGCGACGUGCUGGUUGGGUCGCUCCUGCAGGGCGCCUCGAACCGCUGUCCGUCCCUUGCCAAGGCCUGGUUCCAGCUGGGCUCGUGGCUGUACCGCUGGGGCAAGCGGGUGGUUGAGCUCUCGAGUGGUGCCUCCAGCGCGCGCAUCUCGGUGGAGCAGGUGGCCGUCAUCCUGACCGAUCCGCUCGUCACGCAGGCCGACUGCGAGCGCAUCGUAGCGAUCCUGAACGAGCACGAACCGGGACGCACUGGUGACGAGCGGGUCGACGACCUCACCGAGGAUGGCGAGCUCGAUCUGGACAGUUCGGCCACGAUCGGUUCGAUCGGGCUGUACGAGGCACUGCAGAGUGCGCUACCCUCGCUGGCACGCCACGUCCCGCCGGACCGACUGCACGCCAUCAUCGACGUGUGGCGCAGCAACCAUCGGGCCGUGUACGGCUACUACGAGGCGGCCGCGGCAGCCUACUUUCGCUUCCUGCAGCUCUCCACCCUGUCGCCCCGCGCGUCCGGACCGGCCGACGAUGGCACCGACAGCGAGCGGGCACGCUCCGUCACCGUUACGCUGCGUCUGCUGCGACUCAUCGUCAAGCACGCGCUCGGUCUGAAGGAGGUGCUGGAGGAGGGGCUGGCCACGACGCCGUCCGAGCCAUGGCGCGUCAUUACGCCGCAGCUGUUCUCGCGACUCGCGCACCACGAGCCGUACGUGCGCCGGCGCGUCUCGGAGCUGCUGUGCCGGGUGGCCAAGGACGCACCGCACCUGAUCAUCUUCCCCGCCGUGGUCGGUUCGGUGCACGAGGAGCAACCGGAGCUGACGAACGUCGUGAACGUGCUGCUGGAGGGCGGCGAGGCCGCCGCUGACAACCCCGACGGGACGGCCCCGAGCCCGGCCGCUCCGGCGCCCGCAUCCGGGCUCGCCUUCUGCUUCAACGCGCUGCUCGACAUCCUGUCGCGCGAAGUGCCCGACACCGUCAAGCAGGUGCAAACGCUGGUGCACGAGCUGCGCCGCAUCUCGCUGCUGUGGGAGGAGCUGUGGCUGGUGUCGCUGCAGCAGAUCUACGCCGACUACGGCAAGCGGGUGGCCGCGUUCGAGAGUGCGUACGCGCGCCAGCAGGCCGCCGGCCAGCUAUCCGAACCGCGCCGAGCCCUGCUCGCCGAGAAGCACCGGCUGCUGCUGCGGCCGCUCAUCUUCGUGCUCGAGCAGCUGUACGCCAUCACGUCCCGGGCGCCCGAGACGAACCACGAGCGCCACUUCCAGGAGCGCUACCACCGCUACAUCCGCAGCAUGCUGGAGAAGCUGCGCGCUCCGGCCGACUUCAGCCGGCCCAUCGAGGGCUGGGAGCGGUUCCGUGCGCUCUACACGCAGCUGCAAACGCGCAGCCAGAAGCGCUUCGCCUUCUUCCUGCGGCUCGCCGACGUCAGCCCGAACCUGCAGCAGCUGUCGCAUACGGCGAUCGCGAUGCCCGGCAUCGACACGACCACCGUCACCACCGGGGGCAUCAGCGCCGGCGGCGGCCCUCCCGGCUGCACUGGCUCCGAUGCCAGCGCAGGCCACGGCCAUCGCCAGUCCAUCCUCAUCCGCUCGGUCGACGGUACCAUCCAGAUCCUGCCCACCAAGACGCGCCCCAAGAAGCUGCUCUUUCACGGCAACGACGGCCGCCGGUACGGCUACCUGUCGAAGGGGCUCGAGGACCUGCACCUGGACGAGCGCAUCAUGCAGUUCCUCUCGAUCGCCAACCUCAUGAUGACGAGCUCGAUCGACUGCAACGGCAACGUCACGCACUACCGGGCCGAACACUACUCCGUCAUACCGCUCGGGCCGCGCUCCGGCCUCAUCACCUGGGUCGACAACACGGUGCCCAUCUUUUCGCUCUACAAAAAGUGGCAACAGCGCGAGGCACUCCAGCACAAGGAAAACAAAGAGAGCGGCGGCGGUGGCGGAAAGGCUGGCGGCGGUGUACUGCGCCCUUCGGAGCUGUUUUAUCAAAAACUAAACCCUCUACUGCACAGCCACGGUAUGAAGAGCAGCGAUAGCCGGAGAGAGUGGCCACUUGCGGCACUGAAGCAGGUACUAGCCGAACUACAGCAGGCGACUCCUCGCGAUCUGCUGGCGAAGGAACUGUGGUGCCACAGUGCGACCGCGUCCAGCUGGCGACAGGUGGUGCGCACCUACUCCCUGUCGCUGGCAGUGAUGAGUGUGAUCGGGUACAUCAUCGGGCUCGGCGAUCGCCACCUGGACAACGUGCUGGUCAAGCUCGCCACCGGCGAGAUCGUGCACAUCGACUACAACGUGUGCUUCGAGAAGGGCAAGACACUGCGCGUCCCGGAGAAGGUACCGUUCCGGAUGACGCCGAACCUGGAGGAAGCGCUCGGCAUGACCGGCAUCGAGGGCACAUUCCGGUUGGCCUGCGAGCAUGUACUUAAAUCGUUGAAGAAGGGCCGCGAGACGCUCUUGACACUGCUGGAGGCAUUCGUCUACGAUCCGCUGGUCGAUUGGGCGAUCAGCGAAGAGGCAGCCGGCGGUGUGCCGAUGACUGCGACCGAAAUCACCGUAUCGACGAUGUCGGCCGCAACGGGUCCGGUGGCGGUGACCGGCACAACGGGCGGGGUGUCAGCGAUGGCAGUUUCUUCGCUGGCGACCACACCGGCCACGUCGAGCGCCGCGUCCAAGUACAUCAGCCAGGCAAAGCAGCAGCUGGAUCGGGAGGUGACGCGCGAUACGCUGGCGGUGCGAUUUGCCGAAUGUCGCGUUGGCUGGCAGCAGAACCGAGACGAGCUGCUGCAGCAGCUGCUCAGCCUGCAGAAGGUGCUGGCGGACCAGCAGGCGGUGCGGGGUGAGUUGCGGGAGGCCGAACAGCUGCGCAGCUCGCUGUCGCAGCAGCUGCAGCUGAUCGGCGAGGCCGAGUACCUGGAUACGGCAUUCGGUAGCCAUCCUUUGGCCACGCUGGCGCACCGGUUAAGUGUACGUGCCCGCGUGCAGGAAGAGUAUGGGGCGACGCGGAACUUGUUGGCCGGACAGGCCGAGCGGCUGCGGCGCUACGUCGAACAGUAUGGCGAGUUCCGAGGUACGUUCGAAACGGACCGGUUGGCGCAACUCCAACGUGAGGCUAGUCGAGCUCACUGGCAGCUACCGGAGCACUCGCCGAGUUUGAUAGCGUUCCUGGCGGCCCAACCAAGCGAUGAUGGGGAACCGGGCGAGAAUGUGGAUUACGUACGGUACUGCUGUGUCCGGACUGAGCUCAGUGAGUUGCAACGGCGCGCGGAGCCGGUAGCAGUUCGUAUCGUGCAGUUGCUGGAACAGUACGGUGAACUGGCGGAAUUGAUUGAUGCUCUCCACUGCAUCCCACCGCACACCCAGUGCACACUGGCCCGCUACACGGACUGGUACGCCCGGUUGGCUCAGCCGGACCAGAAUCCAUCGGCAGCCCUUGCAACACUGCAGCAAGUCCAGCGGGAACAGCAACAGUUCCUCAAGGCCACCGAUGAAGCGAUGGAUCAACUCCACCAGACGUUGGAUGAAGAACGAACGCGUCGUGUCGAAAAUCGUUUGAAUGUGUACGAACGACAAUCCGUUAGCUGCAUACCCUACGAGGAGGACCAGGACACCGAAACCGAAAUGGAGAACCUUUGCGAGCUGGCCUCCCAAACGGUGUGUUUCAAAAACUACUACCACGGCAUGAACGAGACUGCAGCAAGUUGCACCGCAAUCCUGCUAUACUUCGCCACCGCACAGCGCAUCAUUUCGAUGAACAGCAACCUGUUAUUCGCCGAGAGCUGUCUGCUGGACGAAACGAGCGAAGUAAGUACGCAUUUUGUGGAAAAACUGUGGACCUUGGUACGGCACAUCCGGCAACAGUGCGAGCGACUCGUCUACCACGACCUCUCGGAUCCAUCGGUGUUAACCCUCGGCUACCUGGACGAACUGCACCAAGUCGGUCUGGCCUACGACGCGUUGCAGCGCCUGCACGAGCGCAUCGAGCAAGAUGCGUUCCUUGCCUAUCCCAACAUCCCGAUACAGGACAGCACCGUCGCACAGCGCCAGUUACUCGAGCGUGCCAUUGAUCGGGCACUCCAGCGUGAACCGGUACACACACUGCUUGGCAGAUGGAUCGAACCAUCCGUGAGCGAACUGAACCGACUGCUAGAGGGGGCAUCCAGCUUCGUUCCGCCAGAUCCAGCUCUACCAAUCGACGCUGACGUGCCCGCCGUAGAUCAAGCUCGCGAAGCGAUAAAACUACAGCGAUUGUCUCAUGCUUCAAUGCGAACCCCGGCAACCACGGAGGAGCUCGAAGCACAGACUGUCCAGCUUAAAGCGUUGGUUGCCGAAGCAGCAAACGAUGGCGGUGAUAGGCUACGAUUGGCACUGCUUCCCUUACGCAGAACUAUAGUGAAAGUGGUACGUGCUCGGCUAGCGGGACGUCUUCCGCUGGCUGCUGCCCGAUUGAUUUAUGAAAGCUUGCCGACAGCGGUCGAAUCCUCGAUCGGUGAACAUCCACACGGUCUGGAGAAGCUCUGUCGUGUGCGUUGUGUUGGGCUCCUUGGCAGUGCUGUCCAGUUCGAGGAUCAAUUGGACCAAUUGAAGAUGGUGGCGGACCGCUAUAAUGGGCUCAUUUUUACAGAAGCAGGUGCUCGCAGUAGGGAUGCAACAAACAGAAGUGCUCGUCAAGCCCUUGACCGGGCGCAGAUGAGCUACGACGCGUGUAUUUGGAUGCUGCACACGGCAAUGGAAAAUAGUCCUGGCGACAGAGAACAUCCAUCGUGUGUCCUACGGCGAGCCGUGGUUCUUAAGCAGCUACGAGAUGCAACGAGAUCGCUUGAGGCAGUGAGGCCAUUGUUGCAGGUGGCAAUGGAGCAGCUCGUCGGUUGCUCGGAGGUGCUCCGUAAUCGGCUGGCAUGGGCCACUGCCGCCCAUCCACCGCUCUGUCCAGCCGAAUUAUUGGCGGCGUUCGAGCAAAGAACAGUGCGGAGUGUCGAGCGUGUCGUUGCCUGCCUGCGAACCUGCGAGCUGAUCGCAUCCCAUGCCAGCGCCGUGCUGAUGAUUGAGGAGACUCGCAUCGACCGUGAGGACAGCGUACUAGCGAAGGAGUUCUCCAGCCUGCUUGAGCGCUGGCAGAAACUGCUCAACAAUAACGGACUGCGGCCGACGUUCGUGUCGCCCACGGAGGAGGCCCUGGUCGAGCUACUCGAUCCCGAGGGCUCGAUCGACCACACAUGGAUCAGGAAUGUGCGCGCCUUGAUUGACGAUAUGACCGACCAGGCGCUGACGCGAAUCGCCCAGCUAGAGCAGGAAAGCCGGUCGCUGCGGGAAGCGGUUCUGACAGCCGGGCGUAAGCUGCACUCACUGACACUGACCCACAACACGAUCGCCGGUGAUAUCCGUUCGCUGCUACGCACCCAGUUACGCAUCGGUGGCUCUCCAGCACUGCGGGACUAUCUCCAGCGAUAUCGACGCUUUCUGGACCUGCUGCAAGAUGUCCGCGAGGGGCUUCAAGACCAGCAGCAGCAGCAGCAGCAACAGCAGCAGCAGACCGCUACAAAUACGACGGCACAGGCGACCACCCCAAUGUCAGUCACCGACGGGAUACUAACGAAAGUUGAUGAGCUAAUCGCACUCCUACCGGACGUGUUCGAGCAGUUGUUUGCAUUCGAGCGGCCGGAGGACCACCAGCAGCUCGCCGUGGGAUCGUUGGAAGAAGACGCCGGCCUACACACCGAUCCCGCCCGGCAGCGUGCUACCGACUCACCGACAACCAGCGGAGGAGCGCCCGAUUCACAGCAACUCGACAGAAACCAAAAGCAGAAGGAACAGAAACGAAACGCUUACGCCGUCUCCGUCUGGCGGCGAAUCCGAAUGAAGCUCGAGGGUCGCGAUCCGGACCCGGCCCGGCGCUACACUAUACCAGAGCAGGUCAGCUGGAUGAUCCAGGAGGCCAUGGAUCCAAACAAUCUGGCCGUCCUCUAUGAAGGCUGGACGCCUUGGGUUUAGAAUGGCCAUGCUACCGCGUUUUACUCUCCAAACGGGCAAAUCCAGCGGUGAACUUGGAACAGUACAGUAACCUUGCAUCGUUUGGCGAUUUACGUGUGCUGCUGGAUUUGCCUGUUAAUAAGCAAAAAUAAGGUGUUAAAGUCUUUCAUCCGCAAUGCAACAAUCUACCAGUCAGCCUCAGUAAGGUCUUCGAUCAAAGUACUUGCUAAGGCUUGAGGCUGAGUUCUUUGAACUUAUAAAAUGUCAGUUGGCUUGUUAGUAGUUUUGCACCCACCAUUUGAGGUGGACCAUCAUCGAGCCGACAUCCUUAACGCGGACGAUCAUUUAAGCCAAAACAAACCGAUGGGCCCUCGAUUCGCGUACAUUACUUUGUACGACGAUACUGAACUGUCGAAGCGAAUGGACAAAGAGUAUAUGGUAAUUGACACAGUAACAUGCAAUUUAGGAAAAAAAAAGCCCAACCAUGGGGUUUAUCGUCAGAAUAAGUUUUAGUUCAAAUAAGGUAAAGGGUCGGGUAGUGGAAAUUCCUUCCUGUUUGUUUGAAAUUUUUGUUUCCCUUUUUAUGAUUAUGAAAGAUACUACAAUCUUUACAUACAAAGCUUUACAUACAUAAUGGCACAUCUCGAGAUGAGAUCAGAAACAGCAAAAACAAUAGUAUAAGUUUCCGCAUUGGCAUGCAAAACCACAUGCAUUGUAAUUUUGAAUAGGUUUUAUGUAAUAUUUCAUUAUGUUUUCGUUUUUCAAGUUAACUUUAAGUCUUUUUUUGAACUAUUUUCAGUGUAAAUAAUGCAACAUUGAAAUUCAAAACGAGCAGUGAAAUGUGGAGUUUAUGUGUAAAUUAAGUUGUGCAAAGAUUUUUCUGAGAAAUAAA